UUUUGAGGCACCAGUCAAGAAUCUUUUGUUUUCCUGAUGGAGUCUUUUAAGGCCGCUGUCAUUCUUUUCCUUGUUACUACCUUCAAUGGUGGACGAUCUGAACUCCAUCUGGAAUUAGAAUCGCAAAAUUUCGAAAACAUUGAAAGUCGUAGUCUCCAUGUCCAUAGUAUUAGAAAACGUGAAAUAGAGGACGAUGAUGAAACAAGUCACCAAACUGACGAUCAUACCAGUGAUGACACCUUAAAUUACGAUGAGAAUACCAGUCAAAAAACUGAUAAGGAUUCUGAAAAAAGCUACAAUGAACCCGCACACAACACAGGCAUAAAUCAAGGAGAUUCAAAUACUAAUACUGAUUCAAAAGAAGGUCAUACUGACACAUCGGAUAUUGAUGCCACAUAUCAAAAUGUGGUUGGCCAGGACGAAAAUUACGAUCAAACUACAGAUGCCUUUGACCAAAACUUAGAUUACACAGGGGACAUCAAAGAGGGCGACACAGACACUUCUGACGGCACAUUUGGAAUUGCUGAAGGAGAGCAUUAUAUAAGUCCCAAUCAGAUGUUGUUAGAUGACGAUUACGCAACCAAGGCUUCUAAUCCAGGAGAUGGAAAUGAAAAUAGUGAUGCUAUUUAUUACAAUAAUUAUGAUCAAACUAUGGAAGCUUUAAAUCAGAAGUUAGAUUAUGAAGGUGAAUUCAUAGGUUUGGGGGAAAAUGCAGAAAUUGACUCUGGUGGGGGUAAAACAGAUGGAGCCGAUUCCGAUUCGGGCGAUGAAGCAGGAACAGGCAGUGAACAAAACUGUAAAAAUUGUGGUAGUAAAGGCGAUUCUGCUAGUGGAGAAAUGAGUUACAAUCCAGGAGACUUAAGCAGCGAUGAUAAACCUGAUAAGACGAGCAGUGAAUCAGGGGAUGUUCAAAGCUGCAGUACAUGUGGAGGUAAUAGUGAUUCGGCUAGGGAUGAAACAGAAUCUGAUUCAAAAGACGGAAGUAGGAGUCAAGAAACAGGAGCUAAAUCAAGAGAGAAAGGAAAUUGCAACAAAUGUGGACGUAAAGGUGGAAAUUCUGAUAGAGAAACAAGUUCCAAUUCAGAUGAUAGGGGUGGAAGUGAUUCCGGAGGAGAUAAAACCGACAGUGACUCAGGGGAUGAACAAGACUGUAACAAAUGUGGAGGUAUGGGUGAUAUAGCAGGAGACGGAACACGCUCUAAUUCAGACGAUAGACGCGAGGGUAAUUCAGACGAUGAGAGCAAUGAUUCUGGUGAUAGACAAAGCUGCAAUAAUUGUGGAGGUAAGCGUGAAACAACUGAAGAUUUGACAGAAUCCGAUUCAUCUGAUGGAGGUGAUAGUUAUUCCGGACAGAGAAGGAGCUCAAACUCAGGAGAGAAAGGAAAUUGCAAUAGAUGUGGACGUAAAGGUGGAAAUUCUGAGAGAGAAGAUAGUUCCAAUUCAGAUGAUAGAGGUGGAAGUGAUUCCGGAGGAGAUAAAAUAGAGAGUGACUCAGGGGAUAAACAAGACUGUAACAAAUGUGGAGGUAUGGGUGAUAUAGCAGGAGACGGAACACGUUCUGAUUCAGGUGAUGGAGACAGUGGUAAUUCAGACGACUCGAGCAAUGUUUCAAAGGACACAGAACAGGUAGAAUCAGGCAUGAAAAUGGCCGAGACAACAAUAAAUGAUAUUAGGAGAGAUAACAUUGACAAAUCGUAUAUAAAUAUUCCAGGGAGCAUUAGCAGUUCAACAUCUGAAUGGACUUCGCUUGAUACAAAAGACAGGUUUGUGAAAAAAGGUGACGGUAUUCCAAUUCAAUCCGAUUCCUCUUGGCAGAAUCCUUCCUCAUAUUCUGAUACAACUUCAAAAACCGCAAUACAGCCGGAUUCUUCCUGGCAAGGUUCUUCCACAGUUACUGAUUCAAAAAAUUUUGCAAGUAGCCAAAGUAUUGCCAAACAACCAGAAAAUGCCUAUGAUGCGGGCUUAAUUACAGGUUCCUCCAAUAGGGGUAUUGGAGAAUUAAUUACUACGGGAAGGGGCAUUGGUUCUGAAAGUGGUAAAGGUAUUUCUAGCCAUUCAGAAAAUAUAUUUGACACUGGGGCAACUUCGUUAUUUUCAACAUCCGUUGCAGUAUCUCCAGUAUCUGAUAGCACUGGAGGCAAUAUCAACACUGUCGUGACUGAUAAAACUUCUCAAAACCAAGAACCAACUGUUGACUCAACAUCUAGUUAUGCAGAUAGCUCUAAAUCGUCUGGUGGAUAUGUUGAUCUAUCUCUCAAUGGAAAAGCAGUCGAAAGUAGCGACCAAGGCACUGGCAUCUUUGUGAAAAGUAGUAAUAGCAUCUCCAAGACAGGUCAAGGCAUUCCUGGUACGCCAGAUUCGUCUUGGACAGAUUCCUCUUUGGCUACCGGUUCCAAAUUUUCUGAGAAGAUUCAAGAUAUUGCUGUACAGACUGGAAAUGUAGGACUCUCCGUUGAUACAAAUUAUGGUCCAGUUGAGACAAUUUACAGUGAACAAGUAAAUUACAUUCCAACCUCUCCAGAUCCUACAUUUAUUAAAUCUGAGCAGACCCCUGGUAUGGAAAGUACCUCCGUUUUAACGUCUAUCCCUGUUGAACCUUCGCUUACUAACUAUAUGAAACCUUCAGUACCAGGAGGAAGCAUAGUAGAAAGUAACACUCGAAAUGCAAACCAAUAUAUACCAAAUCAACAAGAACCUCAAGGAACAAAUUUGAAAUUCCAAGAUACUGGAACAAUAGUACAGGGGGUCCCUUCAGCUGUGGAAUCAACCAUCUCAGAAAGCACCGGAAACAAUGUUGACUCAAUAAUAGUUGAUACAAUUUCCCAAAAUUUAGAACCUGCAGUCAGAUCAACCGCUAACCUUGUUGAUAUCCCUGCUUCUUCUGGUGGAUAUGUCGAUCUGUCUCUUAAUGGCAAGGCAGUAGAAAAAGGUCAACCAGGUGAAAACGUCUUUGUAGAAAGUAAUGGUGGUGUCCAAGGUCAAACAGAUGUAUCUUGGCAGAGUCCUUCCAUAGAUCCAGAAUUCACUACAUUCCAGCCAAAUCAAGGUAUUUCUGUUGACUCAUCAGCCACAUAUGUGGAUAACAGUGUUUCGCCAGGUGGGUAUAUAGAUAUGCCCCUUAAAAGCAAGGUAGUGGAAGCACAACAACAAGGAAGAAACACCUUAAUAGAAAGUAGCACUGGAGUCCCAGUUCAAACAGAUAUAUCUUGGCAGAAUCCGUCCCCAAAUCCUGAAUUCAAAACAUCACUGGCUAGUCAGGGCAUUCCUAUUGAAUCAUCAGCUACAUAUGUUGAUAAUAGUGUAUCGGCUGGUGGUUAUGUAGAUAUGUCCUUGAAAAGCAAAGUGGUAGAAGCUAGUCAACCAGGGGAAAAUAUGAUUAUAAAAAGUAGCAGUGGAAGCCUAGUUCAAACCGAUUCAUCUUGGCAGAAUCCUACGGCGAAUGCCGAUUACAAAACUUCCAGAAUAUCUCAAGGUAGUUCUGCUCAGUCUCUAUCUUCUCUGCAAGGUUCCUCUACAAUUACUGAUUCCAGUGGGUUUGUGGAUUUAUCCCUCAAAGGGAAAGGUAAACUUGCGAAAGAUAAUAAACAACAAGUUCAAGGGAUUGCUGUGGGUAAUUAUGUUAAGGAACCUUACGUAGUGAAAUCGUGGUCCGAUUCUACUAAAUCAAAAGGAACUCAUAUUGCUAUUCCUGAUGGAGCCAUAGACAUUGCUGGGAGAAUAGAACAGCAAAUGGGUUCUACGGCUUCGAGGUACACAUUAAACAGAGACCCACAGGCUUUCAUAAAUGAGCCUAGAGUAAUAACAUUAAAUGGUACUGCAUUGAAGAAGAAACCAUCUAAGAUAUUUUUAGCAAUAACCAGUAAAAUAAGAGAAGCAGACGGGGCUUCAGCCUAUCAAUAUCUCAAAGAUAAUGCAAAACAAGUUGAAAAUCCAGCUGGUGGCUUUAUCAAGAUAUACAGACACCAACCUGGUGGCUCCAAAGAGAUGCAGAGGGUAUAUGUAAACUUUCGCCAGCCAUCAGCAGUCGUUAAGAAAAGAACUCUCACUAGGACUAUUGAUAUUCCAGGAAAUAUGACAAGAGUGUUAAACACGGGGCAGGGUGGUUCUGUCACCAUUGACGUUGGAGAUCAAAGAAACAAUUUUAUUAACGUUCGUCAUUCGUCACCAGGCGUUCGAAAAAGUACAUUUACGAGAACUUGGAAUGUUCCUGGUAUGCAGAGAAGAGUGUUUAACACAGGUACAGAUGGUUCUGUCAGCAUUGGAUUUGGAGGCCAGACCAACAACACUGCUGAGGGUAAUGGAAUAUCGUCCCGUCUUACUGGAUCUACCGGUAUGUCUAUAAAUGAUAUUGGAGUACAUGGUGGGCAUGCUAAUUCAAAUUAUGGCCAUGGGACACAUACUACAUAUGUGGAAGGCCAGCCUCUUUUUGGAUCUGUAAGCGGGAAAAUGAUUAAAACUGGGGGUGAAAAAGUUCACUUUGACCAUGGUCAUGCUCACGGUGAACACACAAUUAAUGUGGCUGAAGUGUCAUUACCUACAGGGCACUUCCAUGUACACAGUGAUGGAGGACAGCAUAUAGUCCACAACCAACGACACGAAAAUGUUAAUGAAGUCACUUACAAGAAAGUGAUGGAUAUCAUCAACCGUAGGAAAGCUAUGGAAUCAGGUUCUGUAUCUUUACCUGUUGACUCAUCUAUCUUCACCGUCAGGAGAGUAACUCAAGUUGGAGCAAACAGUGGGAUUGGCAGGUCUUUAGACCGCAAAUUUAGCAGUGGAUCAGUCCAGUUUAAAGAAGUGUCCCUACCCACAAGUUCCUUCCAUGUUCACACCGACGGAAAUGGACAUAUAGUCCACAAUCAACGGAACGAAAUUGUAGAUCCUGCCACUUAUAAAAGUGUGAUGGAUAUAAUUAAGCGAAGGCGAUCCAGCUUCACAUCUAGUCCAUUUGAUUCGUCUUUCUCCACGUCUGGAAGUGCAACUCAGAAUGUUGGGGUGACAGGUAUUCCUAUCCACAUUUAAAUUCUAGUAAAAAAGGUCAUCCUAUCGGGAUUUAAAUUCAACAUGUACAGAAUUGUAUUUAUAUACAAAGCUACUCAUAAUUUUUAACAUGAGUAAACUAUUCUGAAUAUUAGAGGGGGGUGUAAUUUUUUUGCUGAGAUUGAGAUGUUUUUUUGAUUAAUAUUGUUUGCUUUAAAGUUGAAGUUUAAACAGUAAAUUAUUUGAGCAUGAUUGAGUAUAUUUCUUUUUUGAAUAUAUUUCUUUAAUGACAUAUUUUAAUCGCAUACCACUUUUUAUUUAAUUAUUCCCAUCUGCUUUUAAAAGAAAAAAAAGCUGAUGUUAUCUAUAUAUGUAAUACUUGAUUUAAAAUCAGAAUAAUAUAUGUUAAUGAUAGAUAAAUCGAUUAAACAAAUGUUCAUUCCAUGAACCAUAACAGUUAUUUAAAUAUUUAUUAUACGUUUCUUGCAGUAGAAAAUUUCAUAUUUAAUAAUUUCUGGAUUUUUAGCGGAAACAAUUUUUUAUGUAUAUUUAACAGAUAAAUGAACUUUGCAAACUGACAUGAUUUGUAGAACUUUUACCAAUUACGCAAAGGAAUAUAUGCCUGAAUAGUGUCGAAAAGGUCACUUUCUGUCAAAAUUACGAUUUCGAGAAUUAAAUCAGAAAUCUUUUUGCGACUCACGUUAAUGAUAUUUCUUGUUAUUAAGAUUUAAUAUUUCACCUUUUUGACAUUCUAAUUUACUUAGAUUUCGAAUAUCAGACCUAAUGGUAGAUUUUCUUUGAAAUGUCGAAUUAUGAAUGUAUUUGCACAUGCUAUACAUGUGUCUGAAUAUUCAAAUUUUAUGAUCCAGUGGAUUUUUUUUUCUUUAAAUAUAUUUCAGAUUAAUUGUUCUUUGUGUUUCUAGCUGAAUUUGUUAGAAAGAAGUAGAAUGUUUUAGUCACUGAUAUAGAAUUAUAUUGUCUAACACUACCAUUUUGUGCAACAGUGCCAUUUCUUCAGCUUGAUUUCUACUAUGUCGUCUGUUUGUUCAGCUGAUAUUUGUUGUAAAAAGAGUUAAAUGAAUAAAUUACUCUUAUGUAUA